AUGAUUGAUGGAAGUCGGAAUUCCAAUGUUUACCUUUUCGUUCGAUUUGUUUUGAUUUCAAAAAAACGUUAUGAUGGUUUUAACGCGUUUAAUCAGAAACAAAACAAUCAACUAGUCAGAAACUUCACAAGAGAUCAAGAGGUCCAGAGAUUCUAUAGUAUAAGAACUGGUACAAAUAUGAGCUCACCGGUGCAACAGGCAAAGAGAAGAGCCCUGAAGCUCCAGGUAUCAGAUGAUGAAGCAGAGGCUGAAUAUGACUUGAAUGAUGUUUCCAUGGUUGAUGAAGAUCAAGAUGACGGUGAUGAUAAGGAAAAUGAAUUGCCACCUAGUCCUUCAAGUCCAAGUCCAUGUCCUGUGAACCCAAGAAAACAUCAUAGCAGUGUCCAGGGAACACCUAAAUCACGUCGUCCUUCUUUAGCUCCAAUUGAUCAGAAUACCACCAAUGGUAUUGGUAAUGAUAAAAUUAAAUUAUUGAAUAAUGUUAAAUUAGAUCCACCAUCACAAUCUCAAUCUCAAUUACCUCCACCACAAUCCCCAAAACAUAAAACUGCUUUCAAUGGUCCAGAUAUAAUUCAACUUUCACCUAUAAAAUCUUCAAAAACAGCCGCUCUGAAUCAUUAUUCACAAGAUCAACCAAAAGAACCAAUAAUAAGAUUAGUUAUUAAUAAAUUGGUUUUAAACAAUUUUAAAUCUUAUGCUGGUACUCAAAUUAUUGGUCCUUUCCACUCUUCAUUCUCUGCUGUUGUUGGUCCAAAUGGUUCUGGUAAAUCAAAUGUUAUUGAUUCUUUAUUAUUUGUCUUUGGUUUCAGAGCAAAUAAAAUGAGACAGGGGAAAUUAUCUGAAUUAAUUCACAACUCAGAAGCUGCUCCAAAUUUACAAUCUUGUUCUGUUGAUGUUCAUUUCAAUCAUGUUACAGAUAAUUUAGAUGAUACCACUACAAUUGUUCCAGGUAGUGAGUUGAUUGUUUCAAGAAUUGCUUAUAAAAAUAAUGGAUCUGAUUAUACCAUAAAUGGUAAGAAAAGUAACUAUAAAGAAGUUACCACAUUACUAAGAAAUAAAGGUAUUGAUCUUGAUCAUAAAAGAUUUUUAAUUUUACAAGGUGAAGUUGAAAGUAUUGCACAAAUGAAGGCAAAAGCUGAAAAGGAAAAUGAUGAUGGUUUACUUGAAUACUUGGAAGAUAUUAUUGGUACUUCUGAUUAUAAAGCUACAAUUGAAGAUUCUUUCAAGAAAAUUGAAGAAUUAAAUGAAGUUUGUCAAGAAAAGGAAAAUAGAUUUGGUCUUGUUGAAAAAGAAAAAUCUUCACUAGAAUCUAAAAAAGAUGAAGCUUUGGAUUUCUUAUUCAAAGAGAAAACUCUUGUUGAACAAAAAUCUUUAUUGUUCCAGUUUAAGAUGCAUAAAUGUCAAGAAACAAUCAAUACAAAUAAUCUGGUUUUGAAAGAAUUACAAGAAAAAUUAUCAACUGAAAAAACUGAAUCAACAGGUUUUGAAAAAGAAGUUAAAACUCUUGAAAAGGAAUAUACUAAAUUAACUUCAUCAAUUGAAGAUAUUUCCAAUAAUAUUAAAAAUUUACAAGAUAUUCAGAAAAAGAGUGAUCGUGAAAAAAUUACAGUUGAAGAAAAGAAGAAGAGUUUAGAAUCUAAAAAGAAGAAAUCUUUCAAAUUAUUAGAAACUGCAAUUCAUGCACUUAAUGAAGCUGAAUCAAAACUUGAAACUAUAACUAAUGAAAAUGUCACAUUUGAACAAGAAUUAACUAAACUGAAAGAUUCUUUAAUUCAAGAAAAGGCUUCAUUAGAUGAAAUUCGUUCUGAAUUGACUGAUAAAACUAAAGGUUUUAAUGAAGAAAUUGAAGUAUAUGAAAAACAAUUACAACCUUGGAAUGAACAGUUAGAUGCUAAAAGAUCACAAAUUCAAGUUGCCGAGAGUCAAGUUAAUCUUUUAAAAGAAACCAAAAAUAAAACAUUUGGUGAAAUUGAAAAUUUGAAGAAAAGAAUUCAAACAAUUACUGAUGAUGGUAAUGAAAAUGAAAAGAAAUUGAUCACUUUGAAAAGAGAAAUAAUUCAUAUUACAAAACAAAUAGAACUGGGUGAACAAGAAUGUUCUCAUGCAUCAGGUAAAUUAAAUGAAAUGAAUGGUGUUUUAUCAAAUCAUCGUCAAAGAACUCUUGAAGCUCGUGGUUCUUUAUCAAAUAUUGAAAAUAAAAGUAAAGUCUUAGCUGGAUUAAUGAGACUUCAAGAAUCUGGUCGUAUUCAAGGAUUUUAUGGUAGAUUAGGUGAUUUGGGUUAUAUUGAUGAUCAAUACGAUGUUGCUAUUUCUACUGCAUGUGGUCAACUAGAUGAUAUGGUUGUUGAAACUGUUGAAGUUGGUCAACAAUGUAUUGAAUAUUUAAGAAAAAAUAACCUUGGUUAUGCAAGAUUUAUUCUUUUAACAAAAUUAAGAAAAUUUAAUCUUUCAGCAAUUAAUACACCAGGUAAUGUUCCAAGAUUAUUUGAUUUAGUUAAACCACAAGAUCCAAAAUUUGCUCCGGCUUUUUAUAGUGUUUUACAAGAUACUUUAGUUGCAUCAAAUCUAAGAGAAGCUAAUUCAGUUGCUUAUGGUGCUAGACGUUAUAGAGUUGUUACACUUGAUGGUAAAUUGAUUGAUAAAUCAGGUACUUUAAGUGGUGGUGGUAAUCAUGUUAGUAGAGGUGGUAUGAAAUCUACAUCAUCUGCAAAUUCUGUUUCUGAAAAAGAUGUCAUUAAAUUAGAACAAGAAUUAGCUGAAAAGGAGAAAAAUUUCGAAAUUGCACAAAAUACUUAUUAUGAAAUGACUGAUGCUUUGAAAGAAAUGAAAGAAAGAAAACCUGAAAUUGAAAAUCAAAUGUCAAAACUGAAGUUUGAAAAUGAAUCAUUAUCAAAUGAAUUGAAAAAUUCUCAAAAUCAAUUACAAGAAGCUAUUAAAGCUAAUGAUGCAAUGAAAUCCAAUGAUAAAGAAAUUAGUAAUGCUGAAAAACAAGUUCAAUCUUUACAAAAGGAAUAUGAAAAUUUAACUGAACAAACCAAAGAAAUUCAUAAUAAAAUUAAUGAAUUACAAGAAAAAAUUAUGCAAGUUGGUGGUGUUAAGUUACGUUUACAAAAAUCUAAAGUUGAUGGAUUAAAUGAAACUAUUGAAUUAACAAAUGAAAAAAUUAAUAAUAAUAAAGUUUCACUGAAAAAAUUACAAAAUGAAUUGAAAAGAUUUUCAAAAUCUAAAAUUGAUAAAGAAAAUGAAAUUCAAUCAUUUACAAAUGAACUUGAAAAAAUUGAAAGUAAUUAUCAAGAAAAAAUCAAAUCAUUUGAAAAUUUAGAAACUGAAUUAAAUGAAUUAUUAGAUUCCAAAGAUGAUUUUAAUUCAAAAGCUGAAAUUUUAAAAGAAAAAUUAGAUGAAAAUUUAGAAAAAAUUAAUAAAUAUAGAUCUACAGCUAUUGAAUUAGAAAAUAAAGUUGAAAGACAUAGUGGAAUUAUUAAACAAGAAACUAGACAUUUGAAUGAAUAUUUGGAAGGUAUACGUUCCUUAGAAGCUAGAGAUGUUACAGAAUUAGUUUCAUUCAUAACAGAUGAUGAAGAACGUGCUAAAUUUGCUACACCAGUUCUUUCAGAAUUAUCACCAGAUGAAAUUAAAGCUUUAGAUAUUGAAAAAAUUGAAAUUAAAACUGAAGAAUUAGAGACUUAUAUUUCAAAUGCUAAAAUUAAUGUUGAUGUAUUGGAAGAAUAUGGUAAAAGAGCUGUUGAAUAUAAUUCACGUAAAAAUGAUUUAAAUCAAGCAGUUAAUGAAAGAGAUGAAAUUAAAAAAAUGAGUGAAGAUUUAAAGAAGAAAAGAUUAGAUGAAUUUAUGGAAGGUUUUAAUAUUAUAUCUGCAACUUUGAAAGAAAUGUAUCAAAUGAUUACAAUGGGUGGUAAUGCAGAAUUAGAAUUAGUUGAUUCAUUAGAUCCAUUUUCAGAAGGUAUAUUAUUUAGUGUUAUGCCACCAAAAAAAUCAUGGAAAAAUAUAUCAAAUUUAUCAGGUGGUGAAAAAACAUUAAGUUCAUUAGCUUUAGUAUUUGCAUUACAUCGUUAUAAACCAACACCAUUAUAUGUUAUGGAUGAAAUUGAUGCAGCAUUAGAUUUUAGAAAUGUUUCAAUUGUGGCAAAUUAUAUUAAAGAACGUACAAAAAAUGCACAAUUUGUUGUUAUUUCAUUAAGAAAUAAUAUGUUUGAACUUGCUCAACAAUUAGUUGGUAUUUAUAAAGUUAAUAAUAUGACAAGAAGUAUUACAUUACAAAAUCGUGAUUUAUUAGAUCGUGAUUGA